GCUAUGCCGCAGAGCCCAACUGUGGGGCAGUCGCGACCUUGAAAAGGACAGGGUUCGCAACACCCAAAGCAGUCGCAGGGUUUCGUUCGCGUCCCCCUUCCAGUGCAAGCUCCUUUUGUGAAGCGGAAUUAUUUAUUGUGUCCCAGCGUGUCGGCGAAAUGCGCGCGAGAGGCCGUCCGCCAAGGGCUCAGUCGUGCGCAAACCACCAUAGCGCUGGGACCAGGCGGAUAGGCGUCGCGGCAGUAGGCACAAACACCGCGCUAAAUGCCGCGCGGAUAGCCCGGCGAGGCGCUGUGGAGGUCUGCGCGCACGGUAUGCCUCCCGCGCGGAGACGCGGGCCGGCCCCUCGUCACUCGGCCCUUGUCGGAGACUUGGUUACGGCACUUGCGCUGCCGGCCGAUCCCGCUGCGGAUGACCUGGCGCGCUGGACAAGGAACCUUGAUGUGCUCAGCGACGUCGCGGGCGCCGGGGGGCGGGAGCGCGUGCGCAAGGCCGUCCUGGCCAACCCGUCCCUUCUGGCUGCGGACCUGGAGCUGUGGCACACCUUCUUUGUGGCGGGGUUCGGUCUGCCGCCCGACUCGUUCGCCAAGCUGGCCGCGGACUGCCCGGCAUUGCUGACGCACGGGGACGUGUGGACGGCCGGAUGCAGCAUGCUGUUCUUCAAGAGCAUGGGCUGGCGGAACAAGGACAUUGCGCAGCGCAUCAUCGGGUACUACCCUCAGCUGCUGCUGCUGGACCGGUGCCGCGACAUCGACCCGGUGGUCCGCUUCCUGGAGCGCCUGGACUGCCGCGGCGACAACCUCAGGCUGCUGGUGUGGGAGUACCCUCGUAUCUUCGACAAGGAUUACAGGCGCCACGUUCGCAAGUUCCAGUACCUGGGCGUGUACGGACUCAGCCUGCAGGCCAAGGCGGUGGUGGCGGCGGAGGCGGAGGCUGAUGGCGGUGACUCGGCCUCGCCGCCAGCUCGUGGAGGCACUAGCCCGGUGGCCCCCGAGUGGAUCUGACAUCAGCUUACUUGCCAAGCCCGUGGAAGUGCCUGAUUGGGGCUGCCAACAGUCCGUCACGUAGCGGAUGGCAACCUGCAGAGCUUGGCUGCGUAUGUCUGGGUGAUCCGGUAUAGCUGUGUAGAUAGGGCCUGGGGGUCCAUCGAGCGGGGAAGCCAUGCGCAACGUGUACCCUACGCUGUUAUUGUUUGCGCAUGGUCCGUGUACAUUACUGAUUGGUUGGAACUCUCCACCUGAUCGCUUUGUGUAUGUUUACUUUUGAGUACCGUGGUUUUGACCCCUGCUAUCUGAGCGUAUGAUUUGGGUACUGUCGAGGACCCGCGUGCAAAGGGGGUGCGUGCCUGUCGUUCAUUACCGGCGGCACUAUUAGGAGGACUUAGCGCUUUGUCAUUUCAUGGCUUGCAAUGUAGGAUUUGCAGAAUACAUGGCCAAGAUUCUGGGUACCAUCUUCCGGCCGCGGAGGGCGGGGGUCGGCAGAAGGCACAUGCGCCCGCAACGGUAAAGCA